AUGGCUGAAAAUCCUGUAAGCCCUGGAAAAAUCCAUUACCAGAUAUUUUGGAGUCCAGUAAAACAGUGUAACAAUGUUCACCCAAUUGAGUUUGUUGAAGCAUUGGCAAAUAUUCCAGAACGCUCAGAAAUAGAAGAAGAAGAAGGCAAGAAGAAGAAGAAGAAGGCAAGAAGAAGAAGAAGAAGGCAAGAAGAAGAAGAAGAAGGCAAGAAGAAGAAGAAGAAGGCAAGAAGAAGAAGAAGAAGGCAAGAAGAAGAAGAAGAAGGCAAGAAGAAGAAGAAGAAGGCAAGGAGAAGAAGAAGAAGGCAAGGAGAAGAAGAAGAAGGCAAGGAGAAGAAGAAGAAGGCAAGGAGAAGAAGAAGAAGGCAAGGAGAAGAAGAAGAAGGCAAGGAGAAGAAGAAGAAGGCAAGGAGAAGAAGAAGAAGGCAAGGAGAAGAAGAAGAAGGCAAGGAGAAGAAGAAGAAGGCAAGGAGAAGAAGAAGAAGGCAAGGAGAAGAAGAAGAAGGCAAGGAGAAGAAGAAGAAGGCAAGGAGAAGAAGAAGAAGGCAAGGAGAAGAAGAAGAAGGCAAGGAGAAGAAGAAGAAGGCAAGGAGAAGAAGAAGAAGGCAAGGAGAAGAAGAAGAAGGCAAGGAGAAGAAGAAGAAGGCAAGGAGAAGAAGAAGAAGGCAAGGAGAAGAAGAAGAAGGCAAGGAGAAGAAGAAGAAGGCAAGGAGAAGAAGAAGAAGGCAAGGAGAAGAAGAAGAAGGCAAGGAGAAGAAGAAGAAGGCAAGGAGAAGAAGAAGAAGGCAAGGAGAAGAAGAAGAAGGCAAGGAGAAGAAGAAGAAGGCAAGGAGAAGAAGAAGAAGGCAAGGAGAAGAAGAAGAAGGCAAGGAGAAGAAGAAGAAGGCAAGGAGAAGAAGAAGAAGGCAAGGAGAAGAAGAAGAAGGCAAGGAGAAGAAGAAGAAGGCAAGGAGAAGAAGAAGAAGGCAAGGAGAAGAAGAAGAAGGCAAGGAGAAGAAGAAGAAGGCAAGGAGAAGAAGAAGAAGGCAAGGAGAAGAAGAAGAAGGCAAGGAGAAGAAGAAGAAGGCAAGGAGAAGAAGAAGAAGGCAAGGAGAAGAAGAAGGCAAGGAGAAGAAGAAGGCAAGGAGAAGAAGAAGGCAAGGAGAAGAAGAAGGCAAGGAGAAGAAGAAGGCAAGGAGAAGAAGAAGGCAAGGAGAAGAAGAAGGCAAGGAGAAGAAGAAGGCAAGGAGAAGAAGAAGGCAAGGAGAAGAAGAAGGCAAGGAGAAGAAGAAGGCAAGGAGAAGAAGAAGGCAAGGAGAAGAAGAAGGCAAGGAGAAGAAGAAGGCAAGGAGAAGAAGAAGGCAAGGAGAAGAAGAAGGCAAGGAGAAGAAGAAGGCAAGGAGAAGAAGAAGGCAAGGAGAAGAAGAAGGCAAGGAGAAGAAGAAGGCAAGGAGAAGAAGAAGGCAAGGAGAAGAAGAAGGCAAGGAGAAGAAGAAGGCAAGGAGAAGAAGAAGGCAAGGAGAAGAAGAAGGCAAGGAGAAGAAGAAGGCAAGGAGAAGAAGAAGGCAAGGAGAAGAAGAAGGCAAGGAGAAGAAGAAGGCAAGGAGAAGAAGAAGGCAAGGAGAAGAAGAAGGCAAGGAGAAGAGUAAGUAA